CCGUUGUAACGGCAAGCGCACUUUUUAGCGAUGCCCAAGGCCGAGCGCGGUCGUUCGAGCCUCACGCCGACGGCCCCGCCGGUCGCCGAGCCCAAGCGGAUGUCGAUUGAGAUCGAGUCGAGUGCGCCCAACCCGACCCGCCGUCUUCACGUCAACGCCAACUCGCGCGGACUGAGUCCGCGGCUCCAGCAAGCGCUGCAGACGCGCCAAGUCGGCGUCAAGGGCGCGACAGUGCAACUGAUCAAGCAAAUGGACGCCGAACGCCGCGCUGUGUCGGUGAACCGCCGCGAAAGCAUCGCCCAAGCUCGCGCCAAGCGACAGAGUUUGGCGACGCUGACCAUGGCACCACCGGUCGCACCGACACCGCCGUCGACGUCGCCAACCAAGCCGCCGCCGCUUUUGAAGCGCGCGUCGACGCGGCAACUGCGGUCGCUCAAUCGGUGCCAAAUAUCCCGGUGGCGCGCUGGCGACAACGUCAUUCUUCACGACGACACCGACUCGUACCCGGGCACAAUCCUCUUUGCAACUGCACCGCAGUACUACACGGUUGUCCUCGACAACGCCAUGGUGCUCGUCGACGUCCCCGAGGCGCGGUUAGAAGCAGCGCCGACUGAGCCGCGCCCGUCGGUGGCGUCACUAGAGCUACCCCUGCUCAAUUCGUCGCCCAAAGCAAAGGAAUCCGCCGUAUCUCCGCCCAGCGGGACGUACCCACACCGAUCUGCGCCGCCACCGGGCGACCUUGUGGCGCCCGAGAUGGAGCUACCGACCCCCGCAACGCACGAUGGCGAUGGCGACUCGGCGUCGUGGCACCAAUCACAUCAUGUCAGCGCUGUCUCAUCGGCGUCGACGCCGGCGACGUCAUGUCCCGGACUCGAUCAUGUGGACACGACCGUCCUCGUCAAGCGCGCCGAGACCUACAAGACGCAACUCCUCCACUGCAAAAACCACUUGGAAGACCUCAAGCAAACGCUCCAGCAAACUGGCCACGGCGCCGGUGUCCUCGUCUCGACGUUCCCGUCGUACUUUGGUCGGUGCGACACGGGCAGUGACGCCAACAACACGUGCUCAGUUCGAGACCUGCGUGGCGUGUUGCACGAACACAUCAACCUCAGUGCGCUACAGAUGAUCGAUACGGGCCAUGAGCUCAACGCGCAGCGCCAAGAGCUCGGGAGCGUGCUGGACGUCUACUACGCUGGCGCGCGCGUCCUCAUGAUGGACGCGAACCACGCACCGCAGUUGAGCGUGGUCCUUCGACGCACGACGGCGAUCGAAGGCGACGUGUUGCCCUACGCUGAUAACGCCACCGUGCUCAGCAACGUGCGACUUCAGAAGCUACUGCCCCUACCUCCGUGGUACGACGACGACGUUGUUGACGACCAGAAAUGGUCGAUUCAAACCGAAAUGACCGAGUUUUCGAUUCACGAGCGAGUGCGGGUCGUAGACGCAAAACUUCCCGGUGUUAUUGUCAAAAUCGCAUCCAAAACCGUUGUCUGGGUCGAGUUCGACGACGGGGACAUCGACACAGUCGUGCCGGUGGCCAACCUCAUGAAAUAUGAGCCGGCACCGCCCGGCGAGCAGAGCGCGCUGCGAUCGACGCCGAGUCAUCGCAAUGUCGUGUCGGUUGGCGACCAAGUCAUUGUGCGCAACCCGGCAACCAAGAACGACGUCGUCGCGCAGGUGGUCGCAAUAGCGGAGGAGACGUGCGACGUUCGGUUUCCAGACGGCACGCUAACCACCCACGUGCCCUUGGACCACGUGCGUCCGGUGGGUAUUGAGAAACCCGCAGCGUUUGAAAAGCUCGACCACGUCUUGGCGUGGAACCCUCGGUUCGAGCGGUACUGCUCGGGGCAGGUCUCGGACGCGUCGCACCCGUCGUACACGAUCGUCUUUGACUGUGGCGAGACCGUCACCAGCGUCCCUUACGCGGUGAUCACGUCGCUCGACGAUGCCUCUGUGCUGCCACGGAACGGCGGUACGAUCACAACCAACUGGGAGAGCGUCCAGGGGUGGGAGGCCCUCGACGAUGCGAUUCACGAGUGCCACGGCAACCUCGCGCUGCACCGCAUGCUCUGCGAGUCGAAAGCAAAGCACUGUAGUCUUGUGCCCGGCACCAAAGUCUACGCGCGGUACCCGCUGACAGCCAAGUACUUCUUGGCCGUCGUCCACAGCGUCGAGAACGGUUCGGUGGUCGUCGACUUUGCGUCCAUGCAGCGCAGCCCGUCGCUACCCCUCAGCCAUUUGCUCUCGAUGGCGGUGCCGACGCCACGGCCUUUUGACGCGCCGAUGCUUAUGCGGCUCAACUCGACGUCGGCGCAGACAAGCGCCCGCAACCGAAGUGUGGGCCCGAGGCUGCCGCCGCAGACGCUCAAAGCCCCGAGUUUUCUCUCCCGCGUUCGGACGUUCUUUAUCGGGAAGCGCAAGAUCAAGCGCGCACCGGCACCGCGCACGGGCCCCCUCAAGUCGGCGAUCCGCUCGAAGCGCUUGUCGGUCAUCUUUUUCCGGUAGUCGGCAACGACACACGCUCAACGCUGGAAUACGGAGGGUACCUGCACGAUACCAGUAGA